UAAGGAAAAUAAAUUAAAUAUUUUGUUAAUAGCAUGUGUUAAAUUAGAAGUGUCGAAAUUAUUAAAAGAAUAAUCAUAAAUUUGCAGUCCAUAUGACCUCACAGAGUGUAGUGUACAGCAACAUCACGAUUGCAUUACCGCAUUAUUAUUUAUUUUUACUCUCCGUUUUCGCAUAAUCAUUCGCAACAAAUUAUUUAUUUACGUUAAGAAAACAAGUUUGUGUGCAAUAACAACAACAACAGCAAACAACUGGGGACAGAGUACACGUCAAGAGCUUUCGAGCCAGAGGGGCUGGGCCUUAUCUCUGUUAUCGCAACUGUUUCCGCGACAGCAACUAAUAGCUAUGUCGGCCCCAAUAAACAUCGAUCAGUAAUUCGCUCAUAUUACCGGAGACUUAACGCAAAACUUUUUCACGCUUCCCUUUCAAAUUUUGUGGUGCAUACGUAAUUACACAACACAAUAAAUAAUUAAGCGUAAUGGAUUAUCAGCUGGAGGGUCCAUAUGUUGGCGCCAUAGAUGAGGGCACCACAUCGGCUCGCUUCAUGAUCUUCAAGGCGGGCACCGACGAUGUCGUCUGCUUCCAUCAGAUUGAGGUGCCGUCCAUCUUCGCCAAGGAGGGAUGGUGUGAACAGGAUCCCGAAGUGAUUAUCAACACUGUUAACGAGUGCAUCGAAAACGCAUGUCGCAAGCUUCGUGCUCUAGGCGGCAAAGUCAAGGAUAUUGUUGCUAUUGGCAUUACGAAUCAGCGCGAGUCGACUGUAAUUUGGGAUCGCAAGACCGGCAAACCACUGGCCAAUGCCAUUAUUUGGCUAGAUAAUCGCACUGGCAGCACAGUUGAGGAUUUGCUCAAAACAAUACCAAACAAUGCCCGCAACAUUAACUACUUACGUCCACUUUGUGGACUACCAAUCUCCCCCUACUUUUCCGGUGUCAAAUUACGAUGGCUACGCGACAAUAUGCCCACGGUGAAGAAGGCCAUGGACGAUGAUACUGCCAUGUUUGGCACCAUUGACACCUGGCUGAUGUACAGAUUAACAGGCGGCGUCCAUGGUGGCGUCCACAAGACAGACGUGACAAAUGCAUCGCGCACCAUGCUCAUGAACAUUGAAACCUUGAAUUGGGAUCCCAAUUUGCUUAAAUUCUUUGGCCUGCCACGCGGAAUUCUGCCCGAGAUCUGUUCAAGUGCUGAGCACUAUGGCGACAUUGCCGAUGGCAUACUGAAGGACAUUCCCAUAACAGCCGAUCUAGGAGAUCAGCAGGCAGCUUUGGUGGGUCAACAAUGUCUAGCCAAGGGUCAGGCCAAGGCCACCUAUGGCACCGGCUGUUUUUUGCUCUACAAUACAGGUCCGGCGAUUGUGCAUUCGACGCAUGGACUACUGACCACCGUUGGCUACCAAAUUGGACGCAGUGCACCGCCGUUCUAUGCGCUGGAAGGUAGCGUUGCCAUUGCGGGCGCUGCGUUCAAUUGGCUGCGCGAUAAUAUUGGCCUCAUUCAAAAUACCAGCCAGAUUGAGGCGAUGGCCAGCACAGUGGACAACUCAUUGGAUGUGUACUUUGUGCCAGCCUUCAAUGGCCUCUAUGCCCCGUACUGGAAUCAGGAUGCUCGUGGAGUAAUCUGUGGCCUAAGCGAGGAGACAACCAGUGAACAUAUUGUGCGUGCCACCCUCGAGGCGGUUUGCUUCCAGGUUCGCGACAUUCUCGAUGCCAUGCACAAGGAUUGUAAGAUUCCGCUGGCAAAGUUGAUGGUGGAUGGCGGUAUGACUGUGAACAAUCUGUUUCUGCAACUGCAGUCCGACUUGGUUGGUAUCCAUGUGCUACGCGCCAAGAUUUCCGAGACCACUGCGCUGGGCGCUGCAAUGGCUGCUUAUAAGGUUGUGGAACCGAAUUACAACAUGGAGGGUCCGCUUUCCAAGUCUGAUAAGCGUGUGCCCAUCAAACCGAAAGUGAAGUCGUCGGAACGCAAUCUGCGCUAUGAGAAAUGGAAAAUGGCCAUUGAACGAUCUCUGAACUGGGAAACAUCGACGCUAUCGCAAGGCGAGCGCGAGUCCUUUGAUGGUGCUUAAGCAACAACAGAUUGUAAUCUUUUUGUUUUUAUAUAUAGGUUCAGGUUGAUUAUUUUCUUUGCAGCAACUAUCAAACUGUAUAUGAAGUUUAUAUAAAGUGCUCGCAUUUUUUGUUAA